GUCUGCCGUCGGCCGGUGCGUGCGUGCACCUCGUCGGUCCGCGUGUGUCUGGACGAGCUCCCCCUUCCUCUGCGGCCAUGACUCCGCCGCCUUCCCAGCCACCGCCCCCGGGCUCGAACCCCGCCUCAGACUCCGCCACCGACCCCCGCCCAGGACCUGGACCCCUAGUCGUACUGUUCGGAGCCACGGCCGGUGCGAUGGGGCCGGACCUGGGCUCCGACGAGACCGACUUAAUCCUCCUAGUCUGGCAAGUGGUGGAGCCGAGGAGCCGUCAGGUGGGGACGUUGCACAAGUCAUUGGUUCGCGCUGAGGCGGCCGCACUGAGUCCGCAGUGCCGCGAGGCGAGCGGCCUGAGCGCCGACAGCUUGGCGCGGGCCGAACCGCUGGACAAGGUGCUGCAGCAGUUCUCACAGCUGGUGAGCGGGGAUGUGGCUCUGCUGGGCGGGGGCCCCUACAUGCUAUGCACUGAUGGGCAGCAGCUGCUGCGACAGGUCCUGCACCCUGAGGCCUCCAGGAAGAACCUGGUGCUCCCCGACACCUUCUUCUCCUUCUACGACCUCCGCAGAGAAUUCCAUGUGCAGCACCCAAGUGCCUGCCCUGCCAGGGAGCUCACCGUGGCCACCAUGGCACAGGACCUGGGGCUGGAGACAGAUGCCACAGAGGAUGACUUUGGGGUCUGGGAAGUGAAGACAAUGGUAGCUGUCAUCCUACACCUGCUCGAAGGGCCCAGUGGUCAAUUGUUUUCGAAGGCAGAGGUGGUAAAGCAGAAAUAUGAGACAGGUCCUUGCAGCAAGGCCGAUGUGGUGGACAGUGAGACUGUAGUUCGGGCCCGUGGGCUGCCCUGGCAGUCAUCAGACCAGGACGUGGCUCGAUUCUUCAAGGGACUCAACAUUGCCAGGGGUGGUGUAGCACUCUGCCUCAACGCCCAGGGCCGCAGAAAUGGCGAGGCCCUCAUCCGGUUUGUGGACAGCGAGCAGCGGGACCUAGCGCUGCAGAGACACAAGCACCACAUGGGUGUCCGCUAUAUUGAGGUAUAUAAAGCAACAGGAGAAGAGUUUGUCAAGAUUGCAGGGGGCACAUCACUAGAGGUGGCUCGUUUCCUGUCACGGGAAGACCAAGUGAUUCUGCGGCUACGGGGACUGCCCUUCUCAGCUGGGCCGGCAGAUGUGCUAGGCUUUCUGGGGCCAGAGUGCCCGGUGACUGGGGGUGCUGAUGGGCUGCUCUUUGUGCGCCACCCUGACGGCCGGCCCACUGGUGAUGCCUUUGCCCUCUUUGCCUGUGAGGAGCUGGCACAGGCUGCGCUGCGCAGGCACAAGGGCAUACUGGGUAAGCGAUACAUUGAACUCUUCCGGAGCACUGCGGCCGAGGUGCAGCAGGUCCUCAACCGCUAUGCAUCCAGCCCACUCCUUCCUACACUCACUGCUCCACUGCUGCCCAUCCCCUUUCCACUGGCAGCUGGGACUGGGAGAGAUUGUGUACGCCUUCGAGGCCUGCCCUACACAGCCACCAUUGAAGACAUCCUUAGCUUUCUGGGGGAGGCAGCUGCUGACAUCCGGCCCCACGGUGUGCACAUGGUGCUCAAUCAGCAGGGCCGGCCGUCAGGUGAUGCUUUCAUCCAGAUGACAUCAGCAGAGCGGGCUUUAGCUGCUGCUCAGCGUUGCCAUAAGAAAGUGAUGAAGGAACGCUACGUGGAAGUGGUCCCCUGCUCCACAGAGGAGAUGAGCCGUGUGCUGAUGGGAGGCACCUUGGGCCGUAGUGGCUUGUCCCCUCCACCCUGCAAGCUGCCCUGCCUCUCACCACCCACCUACGCCACCUUCCAGGCCACCCCAACACUCAUUCCCACUGAGACGGCAGCUCUAUAUCCCUCUUCAGCACUGCUCCCGGCUGCUAGGGUGCCUGCUGCCCCCACCCCUGUUGCCUACUACCCAGGGCCAGCCACUCAACUCUACAUGAACUACACAGCUUACUACCCCAGCCCCCCAGUUUCCCCCACCACUGUGGGCUACCUCACCACACCCCCUGCUGCCCUGGCCUCUGCUUCCACCUCAGUGUUGUCCCAGCCAGGAGCCCUGGUCCGUAUGCAGGGUGUCCCAUAUACCACUGGUAUGAAGGAUCUGCUCAGCAUCUUCCAGGCCUAUCAGUUAGCCCCUGAUGACUACACCAGUUUGAUGCCUGUUGGUGACCCACCUCGCACUGUGCUACAGGCCCCCAAAGAGUGGGUGUGUUUGUAGGUGAGGGAGCCAGGAGGCCAGUUGUCCUGAAUUCAGCAGACACCGUGGAAUGUCCUUUGCACCCAUUAGAGGGUACAGAACUGAAGCUUCGGAAGGAAUUUGGAACUCUACUCACUCCUCCGUAAAAUAAACAAAGGUUCUAACCAAGUGGACUUUUUAAAAGCCAAAGUCUCCUUAGCUUUGGACCCCAGAGUGAGGGGCUCCACACCUGCCCCAGGCAGAGGAAAACUCAGGCAGAUUUCAAGGACACCGUUGACCGAUCACCAUUUAUUAUUUCAGCACUGUAACUGAGGAACCUGAAUUGCUGGCUCUUCUCUGUUAUUUGUGUAAGGAGCACUAUAUUCCUACAAAAGGUUUUAAAAUACAAAAUAUGUAAGAAAACAAUCCCAAGUGCUGUAAACACAACUGAGAUCCAGUUCCUUAACUGAACAUUGCCCAUUUUAUAAAAUAUAAGGUUUCAACUUUAGCUCACCUGAGCUUUAAAGAUGACCAUCUAUUCAGAGUAUUAAAAACAGGGCUUCAUAGGCAGACCCAACAGAGCUCUAGUGAUAGUGGUUAGCCCUGGGCAGGGUAGGUUGCCCUUCAGACAGCAACACCACAUGUGCACCUGAAGACAAGGCCUCUGUUCCCUUUCAAGCUGUUUUCAGCCAUGUUUCUGUGUGUAUCUCUAGUAAGCAGAAGACUGCUUAACCCAUGGCUCAAUUCAAGAUCUAGCACAGGCUGGAAGGGGUAGGAGUGAGUGCUAGGACAUGCCCAGUUGCUACGUUGCUACUGAAGUCAACUUGCAUAGUUCAGUGGAUGUGUGCUUUAACACCACUUAUGUUGCACAAAGGAUUAAAGUCUUUACCUCCAAAGCCAAAAAAUAUUGACUCGUAAGCCAAAGAUUUUACAAAAUGAUACAAGACUGCUCAUAUAGUAUAUAAAGCUCUUUUAAAAUUUAACUUUUAUUUUAAAUAGGAAAGCAUUUCUAGUGCUACAGGCAUCAAGGUAUUUAAAAGGCAUCAAAAUUUGGUGCAUAGCAACUCUGGAUCAUAGAGGCUUUUAUUCUUGAGGGCAGCAGAGCAACCCCCAAAGGGUCUUGUAAGGGGAACUCUUACAAGAACCUCCUGUGAGGCAGCUACCCCAGGGGCAAGAGGGAGGAGGCAAGUCUGACCAGCUGUCUGAAACUUCGAGUCAGGGGCCGCCUCCCACAACCCCUCCAAACCAAAGGAAGCUGUGGGCUUCCAACUACAGGCCCUGAAGCAAAUCUCACUAUCCACACUCUGACAUAAAACUUACUUUAAAAAGAAAAUCUAAAAACACCCAACUCCAGGAGGGACCAGAGUGAUUUGCUGAAGGACAGACAUUUUUU